AUUGGCGUGUCAUUUUGAAUAAUGUUAUUCGUGUUAAUCCACAGAAUGCCGUGAGCCUGGCACUGAUGCUCCAUCGUGACUUGGGUGACACCCCAGUAGUGGACCCAAAUGAAGUGGUGGAUAUGUUUGUGACGGCUCAGCAGAUUCAGCAGGCGACGGAGUUUAUCCUUGAGGUUUUGCGAGGGAAGAAUGACGAGUCGACAAAAGACCUCCAGACGAAACUUUUGGAAAUAAAUUUAAAACAUUCUCAUCCUUCUGUGGCGGAGAAGAUAUUUGCGCGUGGUGUUUGCCUCUAUUACGAUGGCAUGAAACUUGCUCCUCUGUGUGAACGAGCUGGACUUCCUCAGCGCGCCAUUGAGUGCUACGUCACGGCGCAGAAUCAAGACCCCGACCUUGACAACCUCUCCAACAUACGCCGUUGUCUCUCCCAUGCUCGCAACUUCAAUCCGGAGUGGAUAUUGGAAUUCUUUGGAAAACUCAGUCAGGCCGAUAGCAUGCGAUGCCUGGGGGACCUCUUACAGAACCAUCGUGAGAACUUUAAGGUGAUUGUGCAGGUGGCGACGAAGUAUAGUGAUGCUCUUGGAGCAGACAAACUUAUCGAGCUCUUUCUUGAGCAAAAAUUGUACCCCAUCCUUUACUAUUAUCUUGGUGCCAUUGUACCAUACACCCGCGACCCGGAGGUACACUUCCGCUACAUUGAGGCGGCAGCAGAGGUGGGUCAGGCACAGGAACUGGAGCGCAUGACACGCGAAAGCCCCUGCUACGAUCCGGAGCGCACGAAAAACUACUUGAAAAACAAAAAGUUGACCAAUCUUUGGCCACUCAUCAAUGUAUGUGAUCAACAUGGUUACAUAGAUGAGCUAGUGCGAUAUUUGAUUGAUACGGACAACGAGACGCUUAUUGAACAAUACUUGCAGCGUCGGAGUCCGGGGAAGACACCUGAGGUAGUGGCUGCCCUCAUCGACUGCAAUGCUCGAGAAGACUUUAUCAAGAAUAUUCUCAAUGCUGUAGGAACGAUGUGCCCCAUUGCGGAGUUGGUGCAAGCCGUGGAAGAACGAUCUCGCCUGCGUCUGAUUCAAGGAUGGCUGGAGGCCCGUUUGGCGGAGAAGAAGACGGAUCCCGCCCUUCACAAUGCCGUGGGAAAGUUGUACGUCGAUACCGACCAACAACCCGAUAAAUUUUUACUUGAAAACGCCUACUACGAACCACUAGUCCUUGGAAAGUACUGCGAGAACCGUGAUCCGAAUCUAUCCUACAUCGCCUAUCGCAAGGGCCACCUCAGUGAGGAACUGGUGGAGCUCACCACGAAGAAUGGCAUGUGGAAACAACUUGCUCGCUAUCUUGUACAGGAGAAGAAUCUUCAACUGUGGGCAUCAACCCUGAAAAAUGAUACCAAGGAUCGUGAUCGACUUGUGGAAGCGGUGCAACAAACCGCCCUGCCUGAGUCUGAGGUAGAUGAGGAGGUAAGCACAACAGUUCGGGCAUUCAUGAAUGCAGGGAUGACACAUGAAUUGACGUCUAUCCUGGAUCAAAUUGUGGUGCGGGGUCGCU